AUGCGGGCUCCCAACGCCGCUGAGAGGCUGCUGAAACUACUGGAGCCUACCACUCAACCUCCACAACUGGACGAAACCACGGACGUCACGCUCAGUGGGAGUGGGGUGCCGCUGCUCAAUGAUGAAAAUGACUUCGAAGAUCAGUUGCUGUCGCGAGUUCGUCGAUCCAGUCCAGAAGAGGUUAUUCGGCCGGGGAUCUGCAUGCAAGGCUGCAACUGGAGCUUCUGGGUGUUCUCCAUCACCUCGAUGAUCGUCAAUUGGUUUGGGUCCUCUUGCCGUGUGGGAAAUGUGCUGGUCAACUACCGGGUGGUGGAGUCUGGGGACAAGUCCUUUGCCCAGGGAUUGGCCCUGAUGAUGAUCAGUAUGUUUGCCUUGAUUCCGAUUAUAUUUCCUGCGCCUCAUCGAUUCCACGUGUCUGGUGUGGACGAAGACCUGCAACGGCAAUGGCAAUUGCCAGCUGUACGAUCAGACGCGGUUCCGGUACUCCAUCAACUUUUUAUCCUGCUGUAA